AUGGGAGAUUGCCAGUCUAGGUCGGGUUCUCCAUCCCGCAUCCUCCUCCUGGCGCAACAGCGUACCGGCUCAACCCUUCUAUGCAAGAUGCUGGGACUAGAGCACCAGCCAGACGUUCACUUCGAUCCUCUGGCAAAGACAUGUCGCGACGUCGCUCUACUCACUGAGCAGCUAGGCCUCGGCCAAAAGCAAUUUGGCAAUUGGACCGAUAGUGAGAAAAGCCGGGUUAUGGAGAGCUUCCGAGUCUGUGUUGACAGCCUACUAUUCGCCAGUGCUACCGCAGAGAGCCAAAACAAAAUUUUCUUCCAUAAGGACCACGCCGGAUGGAUAUGGCGUCCGGAUGCCAAAGCCCCCGGUGAUCACGGCGUAUUCCACGGCAUAGCUCCUGACUCCUACGAUCAGCAAUUGCCCCCAGCCAGUCAAGUCACAUCAACAAACCCAACGGUGCUCCCGGUCGAUUUUCUUGCAUCAUCGCGGCUUAUUUUCUGUGUUCGACAUCCAGCACUGGCAUUUGCUUCGGCCUGUCGGGGAAGCUUGGAACUCCAGCUCUUGGACCCGGGCAAUUGGAAGGGAGAACUGAUGCGGUCCCUCCUAACAUAUUCAUACACGCGCGUACUAUAUGAUUGGAAUAUGGCGCUUAUCAGAGAAAACGGGAGUCACGAUCGCUUGAUGGAUCCCAUCAUUGUCAGUGGUAGCGAUAUAGUUCAUAACCCCGGUCUUGUGCCCCAGCUGGCCAAGGAGCUUGGUUUAGACCCAUCGAAGGUGCAGACGACAUGGAAUACAACGUCUUUUCCGGAAGACACGCUGAUUAUGCGCGAAAUAUUCUGCCGCGUCGCGAAUCAAUCAACAGGAGUAAUUAAAGAGAAAGCGCCGGAGAAAAUCGAUAUUGAAGAAGAGAAACGAAAAUGGGUGGCAGAAUUUGGCUGCGAUUUGGCAGGCAUCAUCUCUGACUGCGUGGAACAUGCCAUCCCAGACUAUGAGUAUCUCAUGUCCAAAAGGUUUCAAGGAGUAGGCAUGAAGUGA